CUUGUACAGACAGGGCAGGGCGUUGCUCUGACACCUUUGGAUGCCACGGCGUCAAUUGCGUUGGAAAGGCGCUCGCUCGCUCGCUCGCACACACGGUGAGACCAGACGACGCGAAGGAGAGCGAGAGUUUCACAGGGGAAAGAUGGCUCAGGAUGCCGAGAUCAAGGAGCUGCUGUUGGAAACGCUGGAAGAGCUGGGGCAGGAGGACUUCAAGAAGUUCAAGUUUUAUAUGGAUCUGGCUAAGAACAAAAAAGAAAACGCAGACCGGACUGACAUCGCCGAAGAGCUGGUGAACAGGUACAGCAAGAACGCUGUGGCGGAGACCAUCAAGAUUCUGGAGAAGAUCAACAACUACCAACUGGCUGAGAAGCUGCGCAGCCACGUGCAGCAAAUCAAAGUUGUCACCUGUGCGCCCUCAGAUAGAAUCUCCUUAGAGGUCCAGACGGGCAUAUUCAAGCGGAAGCGGCAAGAGAACCGGCUCAGCUGCCCCUCGACGUCUUCAACAACUACUUCAGCCCGGGCUUCGACGCUCACGUCACGCUGGAGUUCCAUGAGUCCAGAGAGCAAAAAAGAAAACGCAGACCUGACUGACAUCGCCGAAGUGCUGGUGAACACGUACAGCAAGGACGCUGUGGCGGAGACCAGCAAGAUUCUGGAGAAGAUCGACAACAACGAACUGGCCGAGAAGUUGCGCAGCCACGUGCCGCAAAACAAAGGUGGCACCCGUGCGCCCUCAGAUAGCAUCUCCUUAGAGGUCGAGAAGGGCGAAUUCAAGCGGGAGCUGCAAGAGAACCUGCGGGACAUGUACUGGAAGGCUCCCGAGGGCAACACAGAGCCCGGCCAGCAGGAGGCUCUGGAGAGCGUCUACACCAAGCUCCACAUUAGCCGCGGUGUCGCCGGUCACCCCGACAAGCAGCACAAGAUCCUUCAGAUGGAGAUGCGCGGCGAAGACGAGGAGGAGGAGUCCAUCGAGCCGUGCGACAUCUUCAAAAGCGAGAAGCCCCUUCGCACCAUGGUCACCGUGGGCUUCGCGGGCAUCGGGAAGACCUUCCUGGUGCGCAAGUUUGUCCUGGACUGGGCCAACGGGACAACCAACACAGACGUGGACUUCAUCUUUCCCUUGCCCUUCCGCGAGUUGAACUUGGAGGAGGGGAAAAGCUUUUCGCUGGCAGAGCUCAUCCAGCAAUUCAUGUGCAAAAGCAAGGCGGCCAUCGAGAGGCUGCAGCACAUCUUGGUCAGUAUGCAAGAUUCGGGCGACCUCACCUACGAAAGCAGCAGCAUCAAGAUUUUGUUUGUACUGGACGGCUUGGACGAGUGCCGCCUCAAACUGGACCUGAGCAACGAGAGCAAGGAGCGCCUGGAUGUGACCCAAGCGUACCCCGUGGAGGUCCUCCUGGCGCAUCUCAUCAAGGGGAACCUGCUUCCCUGCGCCCGGCUUUGGAUCACCACGCGGCCCCAGGCGGCCCGCGACAUCCCGGCGCGCCUGGUGGACGGCAGAACCGAAGUGAAAGGCUUCAGCCGCUCCCAGAGGCUGGACUACUUCAGGAAGAGGUUCCCCAAUGACAAGGAGGAAGUCAUCCAGCACAUCCAAAAGUCCCACACCAUUUCCAUCAUGUGCCACAUACCCAUCUUCUGCUGCCUCACCGCCACCCUUCUCCGAGAUUAUCUGCAGCACGGAAAGAAGCUGCCCGAAACCCUGACCGAGAUGUACACAGAGUUCCUACUCUAUCACCUGGGCAGGUCCGAGGAGCGAGGCGGCCAGAAGCGCACGGAGUACGUCAAAGCGCUGGCCAAGAUGGCUUUUCAGGGUCUCAUGAAAAAGCAACAGAUCUUCUACGAGAGCGACUUGCGGGAAAGCGGCUUGGAUGACCGGCAGGUCGCAAAACACUCGGGAGUCUUCACCGAGAUCUUCGAGGAGGUACCCCCGCUCAAGAGAUAUCAACGCGGCAAGAUGUUUCAGUUCAUCCACCUGAGCAUCCAGGAAUAUCUGGCCGCUCUCUACGUGAUGAUGAGCCUGUUCCAGGACAACAAGAACGUGCUGGGAGAGCUCCCGAUGCAUUGCGAGCAGACGUCGCUCGUCCAGGUCCACGAGGCGGCCAUCCGCAAAGCCUCAGAAAGUGAGGGAAACCUGGACUGGUUCAUCCGCUUCUUGGUGGGCCUUUCCUUGCAGUGCAACCAGGAGCUCAUGGGCGAGCUGCUGAAGGCUCCCAAGAACUUCAGCCACAGCAACGCAGAAACAGUCGACCUGAUCAAGCAACAGAUAGACAAGAACUCUCCUGAGGAGAACAUCAACUUGUUCCACUGCCUGAAAGAGCUGAAGGACAAGUCCCUGCUGAAGCAGAUCCAAAAGUACUUCAGAGCAUUCAAGUACCACCCUGAGAACGUACCUCCGGCCAUGUGGUCGGCCCUGGUCUUCUUCUUGCUGGCUUCCGACAAAGAAAUGAGGUGCUUUGACCUUGGGGAUUACGCUCGGUCCGACAAGGGGCUCCUGAUGCUGCUGCCGGUGGUCAAGGCUUCUCGAAAAUCACAUCUCACCGGGUGCAACCUGAGCAAGAAAAGCUGCGAGGCGCUGGCCUCCGUUCUAAGCUCGCCCGGCAGCCUGAGGGAGCUGAAUCUCAGCUACAACGACUUGUGUGACAACAGGCUGGAGGCGCUCGCCGCCGGACUGGCAAAGCCGCAGUGCACCUUGCAAGUUCUUGAGCUCAACAACUGCAAGCUGAGCAAGAAAAGCUGCGAGGUGCUGGCCUCCGUUCUAAGCUCGCCCGGCAGCCUGAGGGAGCUGAAUCUCAGCUACAACGACUUGUGUGACAACAGGCUGGAGGCGCUCGCCGCCGGACUGGCAAAGCCGCAGUGCACCUUGCAAGUUCUCAAGUUCCGGGGGUGUAACCUGAGCAAGAAAAGCUGCAAGGCGCUGGCCUCCGUUCUAAGCUCGCCCUGCAGCCUGAGGGAGCUGGAUCUCGGUCGGAACGACUUGGGUGACGACGGGCUUGAGGCGCUCGCCGCCGGACUGGCAAAUCCACAGUGCACCUUGCAAGUCCUCGGGCUCCGGGAAUGCAACCUGAGCAAGAAAAGCUGCGAGGCGCUGGCCUCCGUUCUAAGCUCGCCCGGCAGCCUGAGCGAGCUGGAUCUCAGCUGGAACUACUUUGGUGACGACGGGCUGGAGGCGCUUGCCGCCGGACUGGCAAAGCCGCAGUGCACCUUGCAAGUUCUCAGGCUCUGGAAGUGCAAGCUGAGCAAGAAAAGCUGCGAGGUGCUGGCCAAGGCUCUCCGGUCCAACCCCUCCCACCUCCAAGCGCUGAGCCUGGGGGGGAAUUCCAUCAAAGAGGAAGAAAGGCAGGUCUUGGCAGAGGUCCAAAAGGAUCCUCGCUGCAGUGUGGAGAUCGACUGGUGUAUUUGGGGCUGAUUGAAGAAUCUUCUGGACAGACAGAGGGAAAUGUCUUGCCGAAUAAUAAAAAGAUAUGUAUGGAA